GACAAUCCGUCUCUUAUAAGCUAAAAGAAUUGGGGUGGCUGAGCAUGGUCAAAAGACGCCUUUUGCACUCUUUGUGUUUAUUUUAUAAAUUAAUAAAAUUUAAAAGUCGUCUACUUGUAUAAUAAGAUUAGUUUUCGGACGGAUGUUUAUAAUCUAAAUAUUCGACGACAAUACAUUUUAACAGUGCCAAAUCAUAAAAAAACAACUCUUUAAGAAGUCCUAUUCAUAUUUGAUCGCAUCAACCAUAAACAAAUUUAAAAUACAUGAUUUUUCGCCUCUGGAACUCGUUGUGGAAUUCGAAGCAAUGAGGACUGCGUACAGGCUACACGUCCUAAGCUGCGGACACCGCAAUACUGUCGUAUCAAUAUGCUCGGACGGCAGAGCUGCCAUUAAGGCUAUCACGGCCGCAAAGGUUGGCUGCAGGGUCCAGCUCGUCUGGAUACCUGCCCACGCAGGCCAUGCAGGUAAUGAGGAAGCGGACUCUCUUGCCAGACUGGGAUCCGCGAAUGUGCCGAUGGGGCCGGAACCCAUAGUUGGUAUCGCCAAAUGCGUUGCGGUUGCGUCAAUGAAGGGUCUGCUGGACAAGUGGACCCACCGAAGAUGGACUGAGUCCCCUGGUAUGAGACAGGCCAAAGCGCACAUAGGUAGGGCCCACCUAUCAUCCCUGCCUGUCUCACCAAAAAUCUACUACGCCUAAAAAGACGCGAAAUUCGGCUAGUGACAGAUCUUUUAACCGGUCGCUGGCACUUAAGAAGCCAUCUCCAUACCAUUGGUAUUGCGGACAACCCGGAAUGCCGAUGGUGCUGUGAGGAGGAUGAAACCGUUGACCAUGUAGUCGGGGAGUGCCCAGCACUCACGCGCGCCAGGUUCAACUACUUGGGUAACACUUUCAGUGUACCGAGUGACUUUAAGUCCUUCAGACCAGAGAGUCUUAUCGGUUUCUCUAAGGCUGUUGGGCUCUGGUAACCCUCGGUGGGACAU